AUGAGUACCGCGUGUCACUGGCGGCUCUCAGUCUGCUGCGCGGCCGCACUGCCUCCUUCAACGCCCUCCGCCGCCCUCUCGUGGCCGCGCAAUCCGCGCUCCCUGCUGCCCCUCCCUGCUGAGUACCGCGUGUCACUGGUGGCACUCAGCAAAGCCUGCUGCGCGGCCGCACCGCCUCGUUCAAUGCCCUCCUCUCCCUCCGUCCUCUCGUGGCCGCGCAAUCCGCCAUGCCUGCAGCAGCGGCAGAUUGUUAUGCUGGGAUACAGAGAGUACACCCUCACUCUGCUGGCAGCAGAUGAGAGCACCCGCAUGGCAGCUCACUAUACCGUGCACCCGAUUCUACUGGAUGUGCUUGUAGCGAAGGCCAAUGCGGUGGAGGGUGCAGGAAUCAACUAA